GUCUCAAUGGACACGUGGAGCUUCUUCUCUACUUGCCUGGUGUCCUUAUGGCUGCACAGGCUUUACGUCUAUUCUGCAGUUGCUUUUGGGGUCAGCAUUUGGAUCGUCAUUCAGUUCUCCACCUCCAAACCCCAAGAGAAAGGUGAAAAACCCACUGGGAAUCCCGCUUCUUCUGAAGGAAUAGAAGACAAGGUAGUCAAUGGGUGUGCCACCCUGCAGAGAAAGGAGGUCUACGUUGCUGGGGUAAAGAUUUUCUAUGGGUCUCAGACUGGCACAGCAAAGAGAUUUGCCAGAGCUCUUGCUGAGGCAGUUAUUUCCCUUAAUGUGCCAGUGGAAGUCAUUAGCAUGGGAGACUGUGAUCCAGAUGAUUGUUUAUUAGAGGAGACAACCAGCAGGAACAUCUGUGUGUUCUUGGUGGCUACAUACACAGAUGGGCAGCCAACUGAGAGUGCAGCCUGGUUCUGUAGGUGGUUAGAAGAGGCUGCGCACGACUUCCGCUUUGGGAAAGCCUAUCUGAAGGGCCUGAGAUACGCUGUAUUUGGCUUGGGAAACUCUGCGUAUGUUGCUCAUUACAACACAGUUGGAAGAAAUAUUGACAGGUGGCUGUGGAUGCUCAGCGCCAGCCGGAUCAUGACUCGUGCCGAGGGGGACUGUAACGUGGCCCAGAGCGAGCAUGGCAGCAUUGAGGCCGACUUUGAAGCCUGGAAAGCCAAGUUCCUCAGUCGGCUUCAGGCCCUCUGCAGAGGGGAAAAGAAGCCCUGUGGUGGGAAGUGCAAGAAAGGGAAGUGCAAAUCUCCAGGGAAGCAGAGCAGGGAGAGUUCAGAUCAUGAACAUGGGGUAUCGGAAUAUGCAAAUACUGAGACGGCAGAGUUGUUUGAAAGCAGUAGUGAGGAGGAGGCUGACGCUGAGGAAGCUGGAGGGUCAAGUUCUGUCCUUGAUGUUGAAGAUCUUGGCAAGAUCAUGAGGCACGUGAAGGAAGCCAAGAGAGAACGUGAGCUCGAGGAAGGAGGUGUUGGAAUGAGGUUGACUCAAGAGAACGCUGGGAGGAAGGAGGAGGGUGGGAAGCAAGAGAUGAUAACCCCAGCUCUGAGAGAAGCGCUCACAAAACAAGGUUACAAGCUGAUUGGGAGCCAUUCUGGGGUGAAGCUCUGCCGAUGGACAAAGUCGAUGCUCCGAGGCCGAGGAGGCUGCUACAAGCACACAUUUUAUGGAAUUGAGAGCCAUCGCUGCAUGGAGGCCACACCGAGCCUGGCCUGCGCCAACAAAUGUGUCUUUUGCUGGAGACAUCAUACAAAUCCAGUGGGCACAGAGUGGCAAUGGAAGAUGGACCAACCUGAAAUGAUCUUGCAGGAGGCUAUUGAGAACCAUCAGAAUAUGAUCAAGCAGUUCAAAGGCGUCUCAGGAGUACAAGCAGCUCGCUUUGAGGAAGCGAUGACCGCAAAGCACUGCGCACUGUCACUGGUGGGAGAGCCCAUCAUGUACCCGGAGAUCAACCGGUUUGUGAGGCUCCUGCACCAGCACAGCAUCUCUACCUUCCUGGUUACAAAUGCACAGUUCCCAGAUGAGAUUAGGAACCUUGAGCCAGUAACGCAGCUGUAUGUCAGCGUGGAUGCCAGCACCAAGGAAAGCCUGAAGAGAAUUGAUCGGCCCCUCUUCAAGGAUUUCUGGCAGAGGUUUCUGGACAGUUUAAAGGCCUUGUCUGAAAAGCAACAGCGCACCGUUUACAGACUGACACUGGUGAAAGCCUGGAAUGUGGAUGAACUCAAAGCCUAUGCUGACCUGAUAUCCCUUGGUAAACCAGACUUCAUCGAGGUCAAAGGUGUGACUUACUGCGGUAAAAGCUCGGCCAGCAAUCUCACCAUGGCCAAUGUCCCCUGGCACGAGGAGGUGGUGCACUUCGUCCAGGAGCUCGCCAACCUUAUCCCCGACUAUGAAAUUGCCUGUGAGCAUGAGCACUCAAACUGUCUCCUCAUUGCUCACAAAAAGUUCAAGAUCAAUGGCGAGUGGUGCACAUGGAUCAACUACGACCGCUUCCAGGAGCUGGUGCGAGCACAGGAGCAAAGCGGCGGCUCCCAGACUUUCACAGCGGCUGAUUACGCAGCCAGAACUCCUCACUGGGCACUCUUUGGGUCCAGAGAGAGGGGAUUCGAUCCCUUGGAUGUGAGACACCAGCGGAAGAACAAAGCAAGGGACAUCUCUGGGUGCUGAGGCUGGGGCCCACUGAACUCUGGGCUGGCUGGCUGCUGAGGUUUGGUCUCCAUUUCUAGGCUACCACUGAUUCUGACCCUAUUCACUUAGACUUUUCUGAUGUUUGACAGGAGAAGGAGAGUAAAGUCUUUAUUUAAGUCUUUCUUCCCGUUUUUAGGGCUUCUUGGAUGAAAGUAUUUAUAUUGCUUUCUAUCUUGAGGUUCAUCGCAAACGGUGUAUGCUGGCAGUUUAUCUUAACUGGCAGCACAGUGAGGGAGGUAGUGGCUGCGGUCUCCACAGCAGAGGGCGCUGGGAGCUGGAUGUGAAGGGAACGUUCAUUUGACUUCUGUGCCCUGGUGGAAGGAGAGCCCAGCAUGUGCUGGCACCAGCUUGGCUGCAGAACAUUCCACAUCUAUAAGGAUAAGUGCCAGGGGGACUUCAACUCCACAAGUUGGUUGGAUCUGUGCAGGUGAGACUGCAGAUGGAUCUGGAUCUAAAAGCCUGAGCCCUGCUAAAGUAUCAUUGUGCAGACAGUAACAGAUUUAUACAUUUCAAACACUGGUGCCAAUUCCUAUAAAGACCUUCUCCCAUCCUCCUGGGAAUGCUGUAAGUAACAGCACCCCUGUUAAUGUCGUCUGCAACUUCUGGUAUCUCUCCAAAUGUCUUCCAGCUUCAUGGGCUUGACAAUGAAUAUUUUCCAAGUAGUUUUAUCCCACCCAGCAGCCCUAAGCAGUGAAUAUAACUUCAAAUCCCUGUUAGGCUCCAGCUGUGUGUGUCCAGUGUCCUGCUCAUGGUGCGGAUGUGCUGUGGGGAGCCAGCAAGCUUGGCCAUUGGCUUCCUGUGUGCCACGCAGGCAGGUCAACAGCAUUGCUGCUGGCUUGGGUAAUCUGAUGUAAAUGAAAACUGAAUCCAGCUGCAGAAACAGGCACAGGUUGCGGGAAGAAACUGUGGUCAUGCUCAAGUGUUCUUGUUUUCCUGUUGAGCUCCAGGAGCAGAGAUCAGAGGUGUUCACCAUGCUCCCGCCUUAACGGUGAGGUCCAUAAGCCUGCAAUUCCUAGUGCCUGUGGUGAUGUAGGUGGUGAGUGUUCCUGAGAUUGUGAUUCUAUUUCUUUUUCUUUAAGAACCUAAUUUCUUAAUGUGCAAAAAGUGUUUCUAAAGAAGAAAGAAAAAUAAAAUAAUUUUCCUUUGAGCA